GAACGGUGAACGCUGCAGUGACAUAGGUCGUAGCUCACCAAGCGCCCUUUCUCGUUUAUAUCUCAUCCCAUCGGGUUUCGUGUGCAACCCGGCUACCCGCGUUGGGAUCGCCGAAAUUGUGUGAAUACGGCGAGAACGAAAGCCGAGGCGCUGUUUUCUUUCCGUACUGCUUCGGAUACGAUGAGCGCCGUCAUCGCUCCGAUUUCCGGGCUGUGACGACCGAUAUGGAAGAAGCGCUGGCCGCCUCGUUUCCACGGUUCUAGUGUAACCAGGGUUUGUUUAUCAUCCGUCUGAAACCGGCGGUGCCGUGUUUCGACCCUCGGUUUUGGAAACAUCUGCGUUUACCAGCUGGUCAUCAACUUAGACUACUACUACCACCAACAACUACUGCUGCCCCGAGAUCGUCGCGGUGCUUGUGUAAGCUCCACCGCCGUGUUGUGGCCAUCGGGGAGUACUUUGAGGGUGACCGUUUUCAAACGACGCCCGUCGACUAGUCGCCCUUAACCUCUUCAGACUUAUUGAAAUUUGUUUUCGUUGUGCGCGCAACCGGCCAUGGAUAUCAAGCUACUGCACAAGAGCAACACCUUCAGCAACUUCGGCAGCCACAAGCUCGGCAGCUGGUUUUCCACGUUCAGCAUCGCCAGGCGGAAAAACGGAUCCACGCUGAAGAAUUCCAAAAGCCUGAGUGUUGUUCAUGAGCAUCCCCGAAUCGGCUCGGAUGGCGAGAGCGAGGAGGCGUCCGGUGCUUCGGACGAGGUCAUCUCGCCCGUGCGGCUUCGGCCCAAGACCAAUAACAACCGAAGAACCAGUCAGUCCGACAUUAGCAAGCGGUUGUCGCUGCCCGCUGAUCUGCGGCUUCCGGAGAGCUUCCUCAACAAACAGCAGCAGGUCUUGGAUGGUCCCCUCAGUAGGUCUAUCCGAAGGCAGUCACUGUCUGAAAUCGGGUUUGGGAAGAUGGAGACCUACACGAAAUUGGACAAGCUGGGGGAGGGGACCUAUGCCAUGGUGUUCAAGGGCAAGAGCCGGCUGACGGACAAUUUAGUGGCCCUCAAGGAGAUUCGGCUAGAACACGAGGAGGGAGCGCCUUGCACUGCCAUUAGAGAAGUUUCACUCCUCAAGGACUUGAAGCACAACAACAUAGUUACUCUACACGACAUAGUUCACACAGAAAAAUCUCUCACUCUCGUCUUUGAAUACUUGGAAAAAGACUUGAAGCAGUAUAUGGAUGACUGUGGAAACUUUCUCUCAAUGAAUACUGUAAAAUGCUUUCUGUUUCAACUUCUGCGUGGCCUGGCAUAUUGUCACGGGCGGCGCAUACUCCACCGAGACCUCAAGCCUCAGAACCUGCUCAUCAAUGAGCGGGGAGAGCUGAAGCUGGCCGACUUUGGUCUGGCGCGAGCCAAGUCGGUGCCCAUCAAGACCUUCUCGAACGAGGUGGUCACCCUGUGGUACCGGCCACCGGACGUUCUCCUAGGUUCCACCGACUACUCCACCUCCAUCGACAUGUGGGGCGUCGGUUGCAUCUUCUACGAGAUGGCGAGCGGGCGGCCCCUCUUUCCGGGCUCCACAGUGGAGGACGAGCUGCACCUCAUCUUUCGCACGCUAGGCACCCCAACGGAAGCCACCUGGCCUGGCAUCGAAUCCCGGUCCGAGUUCCUGGCCUACCGCUUUCCUCGGUACACGCCCGAGAGCUUGGGCUCCAAGGUUCCGCGCAUCGGGGCGCCCGGCGUGGCCCUCCUGCUCGAAUUCCUCAAGUUCGAACCAAAGAUGAGGAUCUCAGCAAAAGAUGCAAUGAGGCAUUCUUACUUUGACAGCUUGGGGCCAAACAUCCACAAACUUCCGGACACUGCUUCAAUCUUCACAAUACCCGGGGUACAACUGAGUCGGACGGCAAGUCUUCGAGGUGACCGCAACGCACCGUCGGUGUAACCAGAGCAGCUGCCGUUCGACUGACCUUUCUCUUCGCCUGCGUGCACUCACACCCACACACACACACCCACUUCGACCUUUCUUGCGUUGCUCCCACUCAUCUGUCUGCGGCAUCCGAGAGCAAUAGGGUCGGUCGACAGCCGCUCCUAGUCAUGCCAGGCCACGGCUCAACUCUCUUGUUCCUGGUGUUUACUGCCCCAGUACUUUGCCGGUUCUCCCUGCACGCGCACAUUUUAUUUCAUUUUUUGUGUCUUUCUCUCUCUUGCUCUGUCGCUCCCUUCAUGCGUGUCAACGUCGACAGCUGUGAGCUACAUAUCUUAACUCAUCGCAGCCGUCUCUGUUGUCGCUUAUCCACUGUCGGUGAAACUGUAGCACAUUGAUGUACAACUACAGUCAAGUGCGAUGUGAAAGAGAACACCGACCUUGCACUGUGUAAUAGUACUAUGCGUCAACAGUGUGAGGUUGUGCGCUUGGCAGAGGAUUGUGUGCCAGAUAUUUGACCAUGGUGCAGUGCUGUACAACUAUAGCUCAGCAGGAUAUGAAAGGGAACGCCGACCUGGCAUUGUGAAAUAGUAGUGUGCAUCAGUGGUGUGAGAUCGUGGACUUGGCAAACGAAUGUGGCCAUAUAAUUGCAUGCUGGAAUGCUUGGCCUUGCUUGAUACGUAUGCGCGUCACUCGUGAAAUGCGUCACACUUUUGU